UACCUUCCGGAGUUAAGUUUUCUGUGAGCGUUCGUCUGUGAAUUAAGUUUAACGUGACAAAAAAAUGUCAGGCAAAGAUGGAGGCGACGAUGGUCAAAAGCCACAGAGCGUAUUCUCCACUUUAAUGGCCGACGGGGAUUGGCUUUACCUUAAAGGAGAGUAUAAAAAGGCUAUAGACAGAUUCACAACGGCUCUGACUUUAAAGCCUGAUGAUAAGAACUGCUAUGUUGGCCGAGCCAAAUGUUACCUGAAGAUGGGGCAAUCUGAAAACGCUUUAAAAGAUGCAGAGGCUUCACUCAAAGAAGACGUGACAUUUUUCGAGGGAUUGUACCAGAAGGCAGAGGCUUUAUACUACUUGGGAGAAUUUGAAUUCGCACUGGUGUUUUACCACACAGGACAAAAGCUACGUCCACAUAUACAGGAGUUCAGACUGGGUAUCCAAAAAGCACAGGAGUCCAUAGAAAACUCUGUUGGUUGCCCUUCAUCUGUAAAACUGGAGAUUAAGGGAGAUUUAUCAUGUCUCCAAAAAGAUGAGGAGAGGGUACGGCCAAUUACUGCUAUUCAGCAUCUGAAGAAGGAAAAAAAACAGCAGACCCAGAAGACCCCCAAGAGUGAAAAGACAAUCAAACAACUGCUGGGAGAGUUUUACAGUGACAAGAAAUAUCUAGAAAACCUUCUGAAAGACAAAGAUUUGGUAAAAGGCAAGAUGAAGAAUGGGGAACAACUGCAGGACGUCAUUCAGAGCUCCCUGACAUACCUCGACAAUUGCACUGAGUUGUGGAACCAGGAGAAACCUAUCUGUGCACGGGAAAGGGACCGUAAGCUCAUGCAACAAAAAUGUAGCAAGCUCUGUCCCAUUGCACCCUCUGAACCUGCUCUGUCCCUGCUGAAGAGCCUGGAUGACUUCGAUGCAGAGUUGACAUCCGGAAAUGCAGAGAGUAAUCUCAAGAAGGCAAAAGAGGUCAUGAAGACAGUGCAGGGAUGGUCAGAGAAAGAUGCACCAAAUAAAAAAAAGGUUUUGGGCAGCCUGCACAGUUGCAUUGGGAAUGCUUUGAUCAACCUGGGAGAUAUGGAGAAAGCAUUAGACCAUCAUCAAAAAGACUUGGAGUUGGCUAAACAGUGCAAACUUCCAGAAGCAAUGUCCAGGGCGCUGGACAACAUUGGCAGAGUAUAUGCCCAAAUUGGACAGUUGACACAGGCCAUUGAGUUCUGGGAAAAGAAGAUACCACUUGUGCGUGGUGGUUUGGAGAAGACCUGGUUGUUUCACGAAAUUGGUUGGUGUUACCUGGAGCUUAAUCGCCAUAAAGAAGCCCGAGACUAUGGCGUCCGUUCAGUUGCUGCGGCUGAUGAAAUUGCUGACGAAAAAUGGCAGAUAAAUGCCAACGUGUUGGUGGCACAAUCAGAAAUGAACCUUGGAAACUUUGAAUCCAGUGUCGCCAGCUUUGAGAGAGCCUUAACCCAUGCCAAACUGCAAAAAGACGACUCCGCCAUGAAUGCUAUUCAGAAGGCUCUUGAUGCAGCAAAGCAACACCUAACACAAUGAGGAUGUAUCCAGUCAAGACUGAGUGCAGCCUGAAAUAAAAGAAAGAGAAUGAUCACUGAUCAAAACAAGUUCUAUAAAAGUCAUCUGACAUGUAUUGAAAAGAUUUUGAAUGUAUUUGUGUUUGUAUUUAAAUUUGAGACGUCUUUGUUUUUUUCAGUAAGAUUUUUUAAAGAAACAGGCUUAUAAAUAAGACCCAGUGUCUGCUUACAGGUUUUGAUGAACACAGGCAUGUUUUGAGUAGUAACUUCUCAAGAUUAAAAUAUGAACACCAGUAUGAAACACAAAUAUAAACGAGGCAAUGGAUCGUGGUGUUGGGUUAUACAUGAUCAAGCUACGAAGGUCAUAUCAGGAGCAAUGGUCUUUUGUUACAGACAACAGUAAAUUGUACAAAGGUAUACUGUUCUCUGAGAAGUAAAAAUAUUGGGAAAUAACAUGGGGAAUUACUUUAAAGCCCCAGAUCUGGCUUUCACCCCGCUUUUAGAAUAUAGCUGGGGAACUGGAACCAGAAAGAGUAUCUUUCUAUAAACAGUCUGACUUACCAAAGUUAUUUGAUUUUGUUGGAUUACUUCUGGAGAAUGAAUUAUAUUAUUUUUAGUACUUUAAAUAUUUUCAAUCACAAUGAACAAUCUAUUUGUGAAGCUGUGUUUUUGUCAAAGUUCUCUGAAAAACUGCAAUAGCUAUUAUAUAGAAAAUGAGUCACUUGAUACAUAAAGUAGGGGAAUUUUAGGGGAACUUCCACGUCACACCUCUUCUGUAUCUAUCAUCAGGCAUGCAUGAGUGCUUGCUGCAAGGUUAACACAAAUGUUGAGUGCUUUGUUUGUGUGUAGGUCAGAGACAGCAGAAUUACAAUUUAUGAUAAUUUUCAGCUUUUUAAUGGGACCCUCCUUUUUCUGAAAUCUUGAUAAUGGAUGUAUAA